AUGAUUGUGAUUGGUCGAGAAGGCCACGUGGACCCCGGGGAAGAUGACCUUUGCACAGCCCUGCGAGAGACCCAGGAAGAGGCUGGGCUGACCUCCGCCCAGUUCACCAUCCUGGAAGGCUUUAAGAAGGAACUGAAUUACGUCGUCAGAGGCAAGCCCAAAACGGUGGUCUACUGGCUGGCCGAGCUGAAGGACCAGGACACGGAGGUCAAGCUUUCUUCAGAGCACCAGGCCUUCCGCUGGCUGACCCUCACUGAGGCCUGCAGACUUGCCGAGUACGAGGACAUGCAAGGCACCCUCCGAGAGGCUCAUCUCUUCCUCUCUGCCAAAGAAUAAACUUCCUCCCGUGGGAAUAUUUGGGGAGAUGUUUCACUGCUGUUCUUUCAAGUCUUAUGAGCAACAUUUCUCAACUUCGGCCCCUUAAAGGUGGGUGGACUUCAACGCCCAGAAUUCCAAGCUUGGCUGUUUCCUUGCAGACGUUUCACCAUCCAACUAGGUAACAUCAUCAGUGCUAGGGAGGUUGAGGUUUGCUCCCAGCUUAUGCAGGAUAAGCUCCUGUGUAUAAAUAGAGAGCAAACCCUACUUCUUUGUAGCGUUGAUGAUGUUCCCUACUUGGGUCACGAGAUGCCUGCAAGAAAACAAGGAGGGCCAGAAAACACUAAGGACCCUACAAUCUUUCCUCCUCCAACCUCUCUUCCUUCUAGCACUGAUGAUGUUCCCUAGUUGGGUCGUGAAACGUCUGCAAGAAAGCAACCAAGCUCAGAGGGCACUAAGGACCCCCACAGUCCUUUUCUUCCUCCUCUAUGAAAACCCCCACUCCCUUUAGCCCUGAUAAUGUUCCCUAGUUGGGUCGUGAAACGUCUGCAAGAAAACCAGCAAGCUCAGAGGGCACUAAGGACCCAUAGUCCUUUUCUUCCUCCUCCUGCGCUCCACAUCCUUCUAGCCCUAAUUAUGUUGCCUAGUUGGGCCAUGAAACACCU